GCCGGAUCGUGAAUGGAUGAAUUGAAACCAAAAAUCACGAGCGAGCAAAAGUAAAUUGUGCAGAGCCGGUGGUUUAUUGUGUUUUUAAGCCUAACCCUACAAAAGAUCUCAAAAUGGUCUCCCUAAACCCCAUCAGAAUAUUGAAAAAUGAAGCUGAAGAAGAGAAAGCUGAGGUGGCUCGUAUGUCUAGUUUCAUCGGAGCUAUUGCAAUUGGCGAUUUGGUAAAGAGUACCCUGGGCCCUAAAGGGAUGGACAAAAUUUUGGUCUCUAUGGGUAGAAAUUCUGGACAGGUUGAAGUCACAAAUGAUGGUGCCACAAUUUUGAAAUCAAUAGGGGUUGAUAACCCAGCUGCCAAGAUUUUGGUAGACAUGGCAAAGGUACAAGAUGAUGAAGUGGGUGACGGUACAACAUCAGUCACUGUCUUAGCUGCUGAACUGCUUCGUGAGGCUGAAAAGCUGGUUGAACAGAAGCUGCACCCUCAGACAAUUAUUGCCGGAUGGCGCAUUUCUGUUGACGCUGCCAAGAAAGCUCUUGCAGGGGCCAGCUUCGACCACCAGAAGAACCUCAAUGAUGCGGCUCUCCGUGCUGACCUGGAAAAUAUUGCUCGUACCACAUUAAGCUCCAAGAUUCUUUCAAAUCACAAAGAACAUUUCACUAAACUGGCUGUGGAUGCAGUGCUCCGCCUGAAGGGUUCGGGGAAUCUGAAGGCCAUACAGAUCAUUAAAAUUUCUGGAGGCCUCCUAGAAGAGUCAUUCCUGGAUGAAGGCUUUCUUUUGAACAAAAAGGUGGGAGUGCAUCAACCGAAACGCAUUGAAAACGCCAACAUUUUGAUUGCCAACACUCCCAUGGACACAGACAAGAUUAAGGUGUUUGGUUCGACCAUCAAAGUGGACUCCAUGGCCAAGAUUGCCGAGCUGGAGGUGGCCGAAAAGGAAAAAAUGAAGGAUAAAGUUAACAAGAUCUUGGCACACAAAUGCAAUGUCUUCAUUAACAGACAACUGAUCUACAACUACCCGGAGCAGCUGUUCGCGGACGCGGGCGUGAUGGCCAUAGAGCACGCGGACUUCGACGGCAUCGAGAGGCUGGCGCUCGUCACGGGCGGCGAGAUCGUCUCCACCUUCGACUCGCCAGACAAAGUCAAGCUCGGCCACUGCAAGGUUAUCGAGCAGGUGUUGAUCGGCGACGAGUGCCUGAUCCGCUUCUCCGGCGUGGAGCUGGGCUCGGCGUGCACGGUGGUGAUCCGCGGCGCCACGCAGCAGGUCAUCGACGAGGCCGAGCGCUCGCUGCACGACGCGCUCUGCGUGCUCGCCGCCACCGUGCGCGAGCCCAAGGUCAUCUACGGCGGAGGCGCGAGCGAGAUGCUGAUGGCGGAGGCGGUGUCGGUGGCGGCGGCGCGCACGCCGGGCAAGGAGGCCGCCGCGGCCGAGGCCUUCGCCGUGGCGCUGCGCCGCCUGCCCGCCGCCGUCGCCGACAACGCCGGCUACGACAGCGCCGACCUCAUCGCGCGCCUGCGCGCCGCGCACGCGCAGGGUGACUCCACCGCCGGUCUAGACAUGAACAACGGCGUGGUGGGCGACAUGAAGCAGCUGGGCGUGACGGAGUCGUACGUGGUGAAGCGGCAGGUGCUGGAGUCUGCGGCCGAGGCGGCCGAGAUGAUCCUGCGCGUCGACAACAUCCUCAAGGCCGCGCCGCGCCGCCGCCAGCCCGACCACCGCCCCUGCUAGGCCGUACUACUCUACUACCAUUACUCACAACUCACAAGGCCAACGCGUAACUCAGACGGUUCAUCAUUCUAAAUUCAAAAGCACAAAAAGGCUAUACACGAACGACCACGCGCGAUUAAAUACUAAAAUCGAUGUGGCGUUCGCAAGUACGGCGACAAAUAUUACAUAUCGGUCUUCGUAGAGCGUUGUCGCACCCUACCUAUGUGACGUUUGUCAUAAAUUCCCAUCAUAUCGACAGCUGGAUUGCCAUUAAAAUAAAAUAUUUCUCACAGUAAAAUAUAACUUGACGAAAAGAUAAAAUUACUAAAUAUAAUACAAACCGAACGCACGAAGCAAACGUGCAACCGCGCCGUAAUCGACCACAAUAGCUUCUUAUGAACUGUCCGAGUUAAUCGUUAGACCUAAUAGUAUUAUCUGGAGCUCAAGACAUACGGUUCUAGCGAUUCGAUUCUCUAUUCUAACGUCAUGUUGAAAAGCCUAAGAGAGAUAAUGUGGAACCAAACGAAUAAAACCGUCUAUCAGAGUUCCCCAGGUAAUCAUACUGUAUCGGCGAACCGGUGUGAAGUGAGCGAUAUACGACAUCUAAUUGUUGUUACAUAGACGAAAUGUUAUUAUACUUUCUCCGUGAUAUUGCAUUAGUCACAUGUCUUAAAGCUUUAAUAUGUUUUAUUUUUAUGGUGCCUGGUAAGGAUAUUUUGAUUCAGAUACUUACAUUGAAAAAUAACCUAUAUUGCCCACUUCACACCAGUAACAUAUCCCUAUAAAGAUUUACCGAUUGAUGCGGUACAGAGCAUUUCACUACGUUUAUAUAAUUGUUAGGGUGCAUGCGUUGACCGUGAAUGCAGUUGACGGAUGAUACGCAAUAUGAACAAAGUAUGGAUGUGGAUUUUCAGAUAUAUCUGAGUAUGCCCGUACGUUAUUUUACAUAAACAUAAUAAGCUUGGUUAAUGCUGAUGCCAGUAUUGUCAAUGUUCACUAUUUUAUUUCACGAUUAUUCACUUGCCUCUAGUUUCACUAGGACAUUUGUGGCCUGACAUUGGCAAUUCGCCGUAUAUUGCUGGUCCAGUAAGCAUUGACGUUAUGUACAGUCAGCAGCAGAAGUUGCUAAGCGGGCGAGGUGUUCAAAAUUACCUUGACGCGCUCUUAUUCUCUUAACAAUAAAGUCGUGUGACCGUGUCGUGCUGACCCAGAAAUGUACAGGAAAUUGUCAGUGUCAGAUGUCAAUAAGUUGGGGAAAUGGCCCCAGUUUAGACCUAAAUGUGUCGUGAGAUUAAAUUGUGCGACUCGUAUCUAUAUUUUUGUGUCGUUUAUGGCCACAGAUUUUAUUUUACUAAAUGUCCUCUUAGCUUUGCUAGCGGAACUAUUCGUAAGACUCUAAAACAAUGUUGCACUAACGUUAUUGUUUUAAUUUUCUGGCCACAGCUGCCUUGAUUUAAUGAUGUAUGAAUAAAUAUUUAAUACUAUGUGA